AUGGACUCCCUUAUAUUGGAUGAUAAGAGCGCAAGACAAUAUUUGGACAGAAGACUGCAGGAAAACGAUGUAAAAGGGGCCAUCGAAUUUGCUAUUCAGGAGCAAAAUAGGUUUCCAAACCUCAACAGACUUUUAAGGUUUCUAGGUAACAUUACUGUGCAAGUCUCCCCUGCAGAGGAGGAAAUAGACUGGUAUAGUGUCCUUGGCGUUGAUAGUUCAGCAGAUAUUAAGACAAUGAAGCUCCAUUACGUGCAACUUGCUAAAGAUAACCAGCUCAGGUCGAAGGAAGUGCAUAAGCUUCUUAAUAAAGCAUGGGAUACAUUGUCAAACAAAUUCUCCAGAAGAGAUUACGAUAUCAGGAGAAAAUCAAGACAAGUCCAACAGGAUGCCUCUGUUGUGAAACAGGCAAGCUCAUCUAUACAGCUACUUCAGCCGGCACCUGUUCCCCAUGAUUCUUCUGGAAUUAAACAAAGUGGUCCAAGGCCAGUUUAUUCAGCACAAGCAGUUCAGACGGCACCUGCUCUAUACAAUGUCUCUGAAAAUGAUGGAAGACACUUGACAUCAAUUCCUACAGUUACUAAUUUAACACAACCAAUACCUGAUGUGUACAAUGUAUCAGGAAAUAAGGAACCUGGCCCUAGAUCAGUCAGCACAGAUACACUGUUAAUUCAGCCAGCUUUAGGUAUGCACAGUAUAUCGGGAAACAACAGAAGUGGCUUAACCAUGAUUCCCUCUGAUACACACUUGAUUCUGCCACAGCAAGGUCAGUCCAAUAUACCGGGAGGAAGUCGCUCAAAUUUAGUUCCCUGUGCUACACAAUCAAUUCAUCAAAGGCCUGGCAUGUACAAUGUAUCUGGAAAUGUAGGAAUUGGCCCCAGGUUAGUUUUCUCAGCUGAAGAAUCAUUUCAGCCAGGGUCUGGUAUGGACAAUGUUGCAGGAAAUAGCAGAAGUCCAGGGUCAAUUACCUCAGCUGAACCAUCAAUUCUUCCUGCUCCUAGAUUAUACAAUGUGUGGAAAAAGAUUAAGAGUAACCUAAGUUCAGCUUCCCCAUCUUCAAGAUCAUUUGAUCCACCACCUGGUCUGUUCAGUGGUUCAGGAAAUUCACAGUUGUUUCAUUCGCCACAUUUGAAUUUGAAGAGACCAUACGAAGGGGAGGAUCUAACAAGUUCAACUAGCGUGAAGGUUCCUCGCACAGAUUUUAAGGAAUCAGGCAUUUGUUUGCCUCCUGUCGCUGGUCCCAUAAGUACACACAUAAAAGAAGAAAAAAGGCUGAGCUUAGUUGAAGACACUCGUGAUAGCAGCAAAAAUGUGUCAGCAAAUAACAUGCCCACCGGAAGUAAUGUUCAGCAUGGUGUACAGAUUGUAUCACAAGAAGAAGUGAUUCCGGGAGUUAGGAGGGAAACAGAAAAGGUGGGUGGAUCUGGGACUAAAAAGGGGAACAGCAAGAAGAAGUUAACGGAUGCAGAUAGAAACAUUUUAAUGGAGAUGGCUAGGAAUGCGAUUAUUAACAAGCUCAAGGAACCUAAUGCAUCAGCUAGGGAUAACUAUGAACACAAACCUGCUGAUAUUAUAGAUGACGCAGCUAUAGAGGGUGUCAAAGAAGAAGAGUUGAAGAAAAUGGAGGUUCCAGAUUCUGAUUUUCAUGACUUUGACAAUGACAGAACCAAAGAAUCAUUUGCUGAGAAUCAAGUCUGGGCAGUUUACGAUGAAGAUGAUGGAAUGCCUCGUCUAUAUGCUCUAAUCCGGAAAGCAUCAAAGAAAUCAUCUAAGCUGCAAAUCAGUUGGCUCAACUCUGCAAGCAACAUGGAGCCGGAAUCAGCAAAAUGGAUAGAUUCUGGAUUUCACCAAACGUGCGGAGACUUCUGCAUCCAGAAGGAGAAGAUCGGUAUAGAAAUGAACUCAUUCUCUCACAGGGUCGCAGGGUGGAUGAAAGAAGCAAAUGUAUUUCAAAUCUUCCCCAAGAAAGGCGACGUGUGGGCGCUCUACAAGAACUGGUCUCCUGAAUGGAAUAAGCACACAACAGAGGAAGAAAAGCACAAGUAUGAGAUGGUGGAAGUACUUGCAGAUUACGACGAAAGUAAGGGUGUGACAAUUGUUCCUCUGGUGAAAGUUCCUGGAUUUAGGGCUGUGUUUGGCAAGAAUUCGGAUGAGAAAGAAGUGAGGAUGGUACCCAAAGAAGAAAUAUUUCGAUUUUCUCAUCAGGUAAGUUGUUACCUUCUGACGGACCAAGAAGCUACAAAUCUUCCAAACGGUUCCAAGGAGCUCGAUCCUGCAGCUAUGCCAUUAGAGCUUCUCCAAGUCAUACAUUAAGUAUGUGAAGAUUCUUGCUGGUCAUCGUAGCACACUUCAGUUUUAAUCUUCGACAAUGCCGGUAACAUCAAA